GUAGGUCAUGAUAUUACCAGCUCCUUGGAGCCAGUGAACAUUGACACCAGUAUUCUGGAGGACUACAUCAGUAAGGAGGACGACAGCACUGACAUCUGUUUUUCUGAGGUCCACAGCGGUGCCCCAGGGCCUAACUCUUACUCAUCACCCCAGGCCGGAGUUUCCUCUUCUGGGGGUGGUUUGCAGUGUGGCGUGAGCCCCCCUAUCCCCCUCCGUCAGGGAAACCCCCACCCCUGCCAAACCCCCUACCCCCCACCCCUGGGCCUGCUGAGACACAACAACUACCCCUGCCUGGGGCAACAGCACCACCAGCAGAACCACCAGCAGAACCACCAGCAGAACCACAUCAAGCCUGAACACAGAGGACACUACGCACCAGGGACACUCCCAGAGUCCCCCCCAGACUCCAGCUCUGAGCCAUACUCCCCUCAGCAGGUCAAUGACACUCACAUGCUGAGGACCAUGACACCAGAGAACAUGUGUCACAUGACCUCGCCGCCGCUCCCCCCGCACGGCCAUGGCUAUCCAAACAUGCACCGGGACAUGUACCUAAAGCCUGAGCCAAUGAUCUCGCAGUACCCCAUUGGUCCCACCUCCAGCGGGAGUUGCCAGGACCUGCAACAGAGCCAGAUGCUGCAUCAACUAUUGCAACACCCACAACAGGGGCCAGAUGGGAUAGCAGUCCACCAGGCCAAGAAGAGGAAACAUUCUGAUGGUCCCAACGGCACCCUCAACUCUCAGAUCCUCACAGGUAUCAUCAAACAAGAGCCAG